AUGACUACUGAACAGCAGAGGUUACAGACAAAACGCGCUUUGUCUUUAGAAGAUCUGGUUAAUCAUGAUGAGAGUGAUGGAAAACGGCGUGCCACGGAGCCUGAAGCUCAGCAAGCAGAAGAAUUUAAUGACUCUGACGACUCCAAUUCUUCAAGACUGGGUCCCCUAAUGGAUGACGAAACGGAUACCGAUGAUGAAGUGGGAGAAAAUGGAGGAGUGAAUUUCAACACUGAGAUGACAUUUGAUUAUGAUAAGCAGGAUAGAGAUUCUCCAAAGAAAAAAAAUGACUCAAUGGCAGCGAAGAGGAAAGAGGCCGAGGCCAAUGAAGGAGCGAAAGCCUCUUUGAAGGAUCAAAAGGAAGCCUCACCCGAGCCUAAACAUGCAGCGUCGUCUGUCAACACCAUCUUCGACGAGAAAGCAUCUUUACAGUCCAAGAAGAAUAACUUAAGAAAAGAUCUGCGGAUUCUUAAUGAGAUUGCUGCGACUUCCAAGCCAAACAAAUACAAGAAUGUACCAAUAUGGGCGCAGAAAUGGAAACCGACUAUCAAGGCAUUGCAGAACAUAGACAAAAAAGACUUCAAAAUAGAUAACUCGUUUCUGAACAUUAUACCGGAUGAUGACUUGACCAAGUCGGUUCAGGAUUGGGUCUACGCUACGAUUUACUCCAUAUCUCCAGAUUUGCGGCCUUUGAUCGAGAUGGAAAUGAAAUUUGGUGUCAUAAUGGACCGAAAGACUCCUGACCGUAUAAAUCCACCCGUCUCCUCUCAGGCAGUUUACACCGAGUUGGACGCUCAUAUGACUCCCAACAUCGAGCAGCCAGUUUUUGAAGAAUUGAAGAAAUACCUGCGCGGUAUUAGCGAGGUGAAUGAGAAUUCGGGCAAGUUCAGCAUCAUCGAGUCCCAGACAAGAGACUCGCUAUACAGGGUGGGAGUCGCGACUCAGAGGCCGCGUUUCCUGAGAAUGAGUACCGACAUGAAUACCGGAAGAGUGGCUCAGUUCAUAGAAAAAAGGAAAAUUGCGCACUUGUUGCUCUUUUCACCGAAAGACAGCUAUGAUGUUAAGGUUUCCAUCAACCUGGAAAUUCCAGUUCCUGAGACUGAGCCGCCAGAAAAAUACAAGGAUCAAACUCCUAUGAGUGAAAGACUUAAGCAACGUGUAAGUUUCAUCCACAACGAUUCUUGCACCAGGAUAGACGUGACGAAAGUGAGCAAUCAAUCAAACGGGAGGAAUAGUGCUCCCGAGGUAACUCAUGAAAUAGAACUGGAAAUUAACACGCCCGCACUGCUUAGUGCCUUUGACGAUAUCGCGACAGAUAGUAAAGUCUACGCAUCUGUGAUAAGAACUUUCCUAAACAACGGAACGCUUAUAAGGAGGAGGCUAACUUCUCUGUCGUAUGACUUAUUCGAAGGUCAAAAGAAGGGCAUGUAA